AUGGUCCGUGCGCUCAUGCGAGCUCUGCAAUCGCUAUCGCGUAUUCCGCAAACCUCGAAACUUCUGGUUCGCGUUCGGAAAACUGGGCGAGCCAAGGAGAUCGUCAUUGUGCUUUAUCUCUCUGCUUUUCUACUUAUUCUGCCCACUCGCCCACAACACUGCUAUUACGGAACGGUCCUCGACUCUCGCGGCUCUCAACAGUCUGCGAACAGUCGAAAUGUGCUGCAGGUUAUGUCUGCAAUGAAACGCCGGCUGUGGUCUCAUUUAUGGGAUCCUGGUAGCCAUUUCCUCGCGUUGAAUUCGAAGAGCUACAGAGGCAGAGGCCCUGCUGUAGGCUCAGUGUCGGCAUUUUCUCACACAUCAAGACGAGGGUUUUCUUACGCCAGGCCGAGAUUAUCCUGUAAUUUAUCGCAGAACUCAUCGACACUCAGAAGUUCUGCUGCUCGCGAUCUCCUCCUCGAUAUCGGCCGAAGUGAGAGGACGGCAUAUCAUUCAGCUCUAUCUUCUACAUCACACGUUAAAAAGUCUUUAUAUUCGACAUCGAUACCACCUGGGCGAUCAAUUACCUCAAUAACUCGACAAACAUGGCGUCGAGAAAUACACUCGACUAGUCGACGGCGAAAAGCAGCGAUAGCGAAAAGGAAUAAGAGCUCUACAACCAAUGGCCAAACCGGCCAAAAAUACCCUCAAAAUGGCAACCAAUCCUCCAAAAGUCCUCCCCCGACGAAUAAAUCCGAGCUCCCAAAAGAGGACCUUACGCCACCGACUUCACAUCACUACAUCCAUCUCCCUCACCUCCCUCGAAUGCCACAUCGACCGACGAAGGAGGAGCUGCUUGCAGCAGCGACUGGGUUCUGGUCACGAUUAAAGGUCCGCUUUAAGUGGUUCUCAAUCAGAAGUGUGAGACCCUGGAAUGUCGAUGAUUGGAGCGCUUUCGUUUCGUGGUUUGUAGUUGGGAAUAUCGUUUGGGUUUUAGUAGGAACUACAACCUUCUUCUCCCUAGUGAUAUUCUCUAUUAAUACUGUGUUUGCGCAAGAAACGUUAGCCAGAUGGAUAGGAGACUAUCUGACUCAUUCAGCCGGAGUUAAGGUCGUUUUCGAAUCUGCCAUUGUACCAAAAUGGAAUGAUGGCGUUAUUACAUUCCAUAAUGUCUUUGUCUCGAGACGGCCGGGUCAGGGAAAGGCUAAAGUGAGCAAAGGCUCAUCCGUGAAUGCUGCAGCUGCGGCUGCUGCUGAGAGACAAGCGGAGUUAGGAGGCCACGGCGAGGAAGAGGAUACCAACUAUACCCAGUUUGACUUGACUAUUGGGACUGUCAAUGUCACAUUAUCAUUUGUCAAAUGGUGGAAUGGCAAGGGGCUUCUGCGAGACGUGGAGGUUAAAGGGGUCCGAGGAGUUGUUGACAGGACUUCGGUGCAUUGGGGCAACGAAUAUGUUGACCCCAGGACAUUCCGCCAUGAGCACCACCCGGGCGAUUUCGAGAUAGAUUCCUUCAAGAUGGAAAAUCUUCUCGUCACCGUACUUCAGCCGAAUGGGUUUAGGCCAUUCUCCGUCAGCAUAUUCUCUUGUGAGCUGCCUCGGCUCCGGAAGCAGUGGCUAUUCUACGACUUUUUGUCCGCAAGUAAUAUGUCAGGGGCGUUUGAUGGAUCUUUAUUUACCAUCCACCCCCGUCAAAUGCACGGUUUUGCGGGUGUCCACUACGAAGACGAAGGGGAAGCUAGUCCCUGGAAGAAACAAAGCCGACUUCGAAUCGAUGGCUUGAAGAUCGAUCACUUAAACAGAGGGGUGGAGGGCCUGUUUGGCUGGAUCCGUGAAGGAAAUGUGGAUAUUGUCGCCGAUGUCAUGUUCCCGGUAGAAACCGACGACAGUAUCGCAAAAGUCGUAUCUGACUUUUACGAUCGGAUGGAAGCUACUGUGACCUCGAAUCGGUACAUGCACAUCCUCGAAAAGCCCAAUACCACCGACUCCGAUGUCCCGGAGGACACUGACGCUUUCAAAGCAAGUCAAAAACGAGACGAGGACAAACGGUACCUCGUCAUGGACCUCCGCGUCCAUCUAAACGACGUUAGAGCUGCCGUCCCUCUCUUCACCGGCGAUCUAUCAUACAUAAACCAGGCCCUAAUCCGGCCCAUCGUCGCAUACAUCAACUCCCGCAGGACAUUCAUCCCCAUAAACUGCCGGAUCGUGAAACGCACUAGCGAAUUUGACGGCAGCUGGACGAUCUUCGACAGCGGAUUAAUGGAAGACUUAUCGGUGGAGUCGUACGAAGCCUUUGCGAAAGACGUAGUGGAUACGCAGCAGCGGAUGCGGCGGCUGAAGAAGGUGGGAUUCUGGUCAAUUUCCCUAGCAAUUCAGGCGCUGUUCAUGGGCCUGGCGGGGAAUAUUGCUUGA